UUAAAUGCAAAACAAAAUUAAGCUUUGGCAGCUAUCGGUCAUUUUCAUGAUUUUUUAAACAUACAUUAUAGCUGAUACGGCCUAAGUAUGUCAACCCACCAUUCGGUUUAUCUUUUUGAUUAGCAGUUCAAAGAGAGUGGCUUAUGAUCAUUUCUUUUUUUUUUUUUUGGGGGGGGGGGGAGUACGAACUUUCUAUGUGGUCUAAUAAAUGGUGUAUUUGUAAGACAUAGAAUUCAAGCAAAAUAAUUCUUUUCAGAUAUUAAAUGUUACAUAAAGCUUAUGAACUAUGAACCUGUGAAACAAAACAUUAAAUUAAUAUUUUUUGGGGAGAUUGUACUGUCUGAUUUUAUCAACUUCUGAAAUACAACAAGGGAGAACUUCUCAAAGACUUGCUUUUCCACUCCAGGUAAAUUGUAUCAGUGUUAAGGCUUCAACGUGUGUUCUUAAUGAACCUCAAUAAUAAAAUAAUAUUAUUAUGGACUUUGACAGAGCAUUUUGAAUCAAAAUAUUAUCCAUUUAUUCCGUACUUGCACAAAGGCCGCUCUAGGCCUCCGUAAUUAGGGACUUUCCCUAGCGUGUGAAUCCUGAUUCUGUUGCGCAGACUACGUAGCCUGUACAUUGCGCAGGUGCGCCUUGAAUAAAGGCUCAGAAGAGAAAGAGACACACACCCCCAAAACAGUACUCCAGACAGCGUUAUACGGACAGCUAAAAUCCAAGUUUCCAGCUUUCAGUACUUCCACACAACACAUGGAGCUCAAACUUUCUGACUUUAGGUCAGUGGAAGACUAUAAGGGUUGGCGCACAGUGGAACGGUAUGCCUUCAAUCCUCGGGACUACCCAGAUGAUCAGAGCGAACAACAACGCCGGCUUGAUUUUUUUCUGGAAAGCAUCGUGCCUUCAAAGUUUGAGUGGCCUGCAGGUGUUGAAGAAGCAAGAGUUUUGUCGCCAAGCUAUGUUGAAGAUGAAUGCCUUGGAGAUAAGGCAAGCUUGAUAACUGACUGGGAAGAAUUAAAACUUACACCCGACCGAGUAAACUUCCUCACUAUCAAAGAAUUGGCUUUGGCUCACAAGUGUUUACGGGGUACGUGGCUUCUCUUUUACAAACCGUUCGAAAGAGAAAAAUAUGACGCGGAAUGGGUGAGGAUUGCCCAAGCAACAGUGAAGGGGAAGCUCGGUAUGUUCGCUAAAGUGCCGAGAGACAUGGGGGCAACAGCUUACUUUAUUAGUGUCUACAAUAAUAAUUUCAACAACAAGGAAGGGGUGAAGGAACUGGAAGAGAAGAUUCGUCAUCUUGGUGUGAAGGGCAAGAUGGUUUAUAAGCCCAGUGUCUUCACCGUACUACGCAUAUUUGCAAUUAAUGAUUGGUCCUUGAAUGUGGGCACCUAUACAUCGUGUUGGAAUUCUGCCGAAGACAGAUCAGUGAUAAAGGACGAAACCAUGUAAAAUUGUAAACUAUGAAGCAACCCAAAAGUUAAUACCGAUUUUAUUACACAACUACUUUGAACACCAUUAGAUAACCCUCGCAUCAAAGUAUUAAUUUAGAUGGAAAACAGUAUAAGCUUCGACAGCUAUCGGUAUUUUCAUGAUUUUUUUUAAAGGAACAAAUAGAGAAUUGGUUUUUGCUAAUAAACAUUUGCUGGCAGUGUAAUCACUUUAUUUAACCCACCAUACGCAUACACUGACAAACAUGUAGAAGUUUGAAAUCGAUCGGCCAUCUGGGUCACAAGAAAAUAGUGAAAAACAAAAUACACAUUAUGCAUGACAUCGAUUUAAAAAAAAAAGAGGAUAAAACGCUCAUUGAGCGAUAAACUACAAACGGGAAAUCAGUUUUAUUUAUUUCUCGUCAAAAUAUGACAUUUCA